AUGGCUAGUGAGGAGCCAACCGCAUAUACCCCUUUAAACGGUCAAAGGCCGCAGGGGGGUCUCAGGGCAGCUGCAAGCAGCCGUACUCCAUCCAACUCUUAUCAAGCGAUUCCAAUUAUCGAUCGAUCCAUUCCGAAACAAAAGUCUACCUAUUUUUCUGCCUUGGCAACACCAAACACGCCUAGCACAAACUCAAUGUCUGGAUUUGCCAACUCUUACCAUAGGGCACAUUCCUUCAGGUCAAUUGCAAUUGAUCCGAGGAUUACUGCCUCCAGAUCAGUUUUCAAAGAUGAUGAGGAGCUUAUUGAUCCUGACACUUUUGCACCUUCACCUCUAGGUAGAAAGAUUUCCACUGUUUUUGGAGCUAAACCCAUUCUAAAUAAUCUUGGAAAUUCAGACGAUGUGUUUGAUGAUGACGAUAGUUCGCUUGUUGACCACUCGUUUACCGAUUAUGUGAUCUCAAGACAGCCAUCCGUUUCGUCGUCCGUCUUCCAAUCAUCGGGUGAUGCAUUAUCCAGAGUCAUUUCCCAUGAUGUGGAUUCAAUAAUUGUUCGACAAGUGGAAACUGAUGAAGGUACCAAACUAACCAUGAUUGCACCGCAAUCAACAGUCCCUCAGACCAUCUUCAACUGCAUUAAUGCGUUAAUAGGUAUUGGUCUUUUGGCUUUAUCAAGAGCAAUGGUACAUGCAGGUCUGCUGUGUGGGACAAUAUUCCUCUUGUACUCAGUAGCUAUCACCUAUUGGACCGCAACACUUUUAUCUGACUGUAUGGACACCGAUCCAACACUAUGCACCUACGCUGAUUUGGGCUAUAAAUCGUAUGGCCCUAAGGCUAGGUUGGGGGUUUCUAUACUUUUCACCGUUGAACUGCUAGGUGUUGGUGUGUCACUGAUUGUUCUAUUUGCGGAUUCACUACACGCAAUGUUCCCUGAAAUAUCUUUGAAUGCCUUCAAAUGGAUUGGUUUUGUCCUGCUAACCCCCUUUUCAUUUCUCCCAUUGAGGGUUCUAUCUCACAUCUCCCUUAUUGGAAUCAUAUCUACAAUUUCGUUGGUUUUGCUUAUUUUUUUCUGUGGCCUAAUCAAAAAAAAUUCACCAGGCUCAUUGGUUGAUCCCGUUCCGUUUAAUAUAUAUCCAAUUUCUUUGAAAAAUCUCUUCCUUUCUUAUGGCAUCAUCUUGGGUCCAUUUGGUUCACACUCACUUUUUCCUGCCUUAAAGGCAGACUUAUCACAGCCACACAAGUUCAAAUCGGUUCUCAAAACGACAUAUUCUGUUGGAUUUUUUGCAGAUGGAUCAAUGGCAAUGCUUGGAUUCUUUAUGUUUGGUGCCGGCCUCUUGAACGAAAUUACCCAAUCUGUUUUGGUAACACCAGGAUACCCCAAAUUCGUUUACUUUCUAAUCAGCAUGUUUGUGUCUCUUAUCCCAGUUGCUAAAACACCGAUCAACGCAUUACCGAUUAUCAAUAUCACUGAAUUCCUUUUUGGUUUGACACCUCAGCAAUUAGAAUAUUCGGGGAAGUCAAAUACACUGAGGACAAAGCUAUCUAUUUUUUCAGUUAAAGUCGGGGUCAAUCUUAUGUUUGUUAUUUGUGCAAUCUUAUACCCCGAGUUUGAUAGGAUUAUUGGAUUGAGUGGAUCGUCUUUAUGUACGCUUAUUUGCAUUGUUUUGCCUUGUGCGUUUUACUUGAAACUCUGCAAACCUAAAAAUAAAUGGCUGUAUUAUACGAUCAUGACAUUUGCACUGAUUUUUGGCACAAUUAGUACUUAUGCUGCUAUUGCACUCUGA